AUGGUGAAGCCAAAAAGAACUAUUGAUUGUUUUUUUCAAAAAAAUGAUGUGCCUUCCGUGGCUUCCGCCUCUAAUGUUGAUGUUUCGAUUCAUGAUAACCAGCAUCCUUCAAAAUCUCUAAGAGUUGAACAUACAAAAGUUGAUCCUACCUUUUUAGAACGUGAUCCAGGAUUACGUCGUCAAAUAUGGGAUUAUCCUGUUGACGAACGUGAUGAAGUUCGACGAGCUUAUAUCAAAGCGAAACCAUAUCAAAUUGUGCUUUCAGUAUAUCCGCUUUCUGGAUCGGAAAAACAUCGUCGUCGAUUUCAAUCAUCUUGGUUUAAAUUAUUUCCUACCUGGUUAGAGUAUUCUCCUUCAAAGGAUGCUGCAUAUUGCUUACCUUGCUUUCUUUUUGGAGCGAAACCAACGGGGCGUCCUAGAACCAAUGCAUUUACUAGUGAAGGAUUUAGAAGUUGGAAGAAAGUUAAUGAUGGCAAUAGGUGUGCUUUCUUAAAUCAUGUGGGAGGAAGUCCAUGUUCUGCUCAUAGCAUUGCUGAGAGAGCAUGUAAGGACUUAAUGAAUCAACCUUGUCAUAUUGAUACAAUGAUGGUUAGACAAACUUCCGAACAAGUUUCAAAUAAUCGAUUGAGAUUGAAGGUCACAAUUGAUGCGGUCCAAUGGCUUACUUAUCAAGCUUGUGCUUUUAGAGGGCAUGAUGAAUCCCUUCAAUCAAGUAAUCGAGGCAAUUUCAUUGAAAUGGUAAAGGCUUUUGCGUCAUAUAAUGAUGAUGUCGCUAGAAUUGUUCUUGAAAAUGCUCCAAAAAAUGCCAAGUAUACCUCACCACAAAUUCAAAAGGAGAUUUUGCAUAUUGUUUCUAGAAAAGUGAGAAGUAAGAUUCGUGAAGAUAUCGGCGAUGCCAAGUUUUGUAUUCUUGUUGAUGAAGCUCAUGAUGAAUCUAAAAGAGAGCAAAUGGCUCUCGUUUUAAGAUACGUUGAUAAGGAUGGUUUUUUACAAGAACGUUUUUUUGAUCUUGUGCAUGUCAAAGAUACAACUUCAUUGAAUUUAAAAAAGGAUCUUUGUGCGGUUCUUUCUCACUAUAAUCUUGAUGGUCACAAUCUCCGAGGUCAAGGUUAUGAUGGUGCUAGCAAUAUGCGUGGUGAAUGGAAUGGUUUGCAAGCAUUAUUUCUUAAUGAUUGUCCUUAUGCAUAUUAUGUGCAUUGCUUAGCUCACCGACUACAACUAGCAUUAGUUGCCGCAUCUAGAGAAGUAAUCGUUGUCCAUCAAUUCUUUUCAAACUUGAACUUCAUUAUCAAUAACAUCGGAGCUUCUUGCAAACGAACUGAUGAAUUACAUUCUGCUCAAGUUAUGGAAAUUGCCCAUUUGAUAGAUCUUGAUGAACUUGAAACCGGUCGAGGAGCUAAUCAGAUUGUUCUUAACAACCUUAUUGAAGAUAGAUGUAAUUACAAGAUCCGGGGAGAUGCUGAUACUGCUUUUAAUACUCUUAGAUAA